GCGCGAUUGCUCGCGUCUUGGGAACACCGUCCCUCCGCCCCCCUCCAAACCUCCCGCCACUCCCGCCGCCGCCAUGUCGGGCCGGUCCGUCCGGGCCGAGACCCGUAGCCGGGCCAAGGAUGACAUCAAGAAGGUGAUGGCGGCCAUCGAGAAAGUGCGGAAAUGGGAGAAAAAAUGGGUGACUGUGGGUGACACGUCCCUUAGGAUAUUUAAGUGGGUUCCUGUGACGGACAGCAAGGAGAAAGAAAAAUCAAAAUCGAACAGUUCAGCAGCCCGGGAACCUAAUGGCUUUCCCUCUGAUGCCUCAGCCAAUUCCUCUCUCCUUCUUGAAUUCCAGGAUGAGAACAGCAACCAGAGUUCUGUGUCGGAUGUCUAUCAGCUCAAGGUGGACAGCAGCACCAACUCCAGCCCCAGUCCCCAGCAGAGCGAGUCCCUGAGCCCAGCGCACACCUCCGACUUCCGCACCGAUGACUCCCAGCCCCCCACUCUGGGCCAGGAGAUCCUUGAGGAGCCCUCCCUGCCUGCCUCAGAAGUUGCUGACGAACCUCCCACCCUCACCAAGGAAGAGCCCGCCCCGCCAGAGACACAGGCUGCGGAGGAAGUGGAGGACGCUGGUGCCCCGCCCCUGAAGCGCUUCUGCGUGGACCAACCUGCAGUGCCGCAGACCACAUCGGAAAGCUAGCACCGUGCGGCCCCUUCGCCUCCUGGCCCCGCCUCUAUUUAUUGCAUUCUGGUCUGGCCAUGCUGUGUUACUGGGGUAUGGGCAAGCACUGGGGUCCAGAGCCUGUGCAUGGGAGCCCUCUGGGCUGGAAGACAGACACAGGACGUGGAGUCGUCACACAAUCUUCCCACCUCUGGCACCUGUGUCUUCUUGCUCUUGAGAAGAGGGGUGCUCACGUCCUUCCUGUGCUCCAAGUAGGCCAGAGGAUCAGGGUCCAUCUGUCACCGCCAGGUCACAUUCUCUGUUCCAGAACCACUGGACGGAGCUGAGUGCUGGCGCUUCUGAGAGGAGAACGGUGUGGAAGGUACCCUCGAGAAGAGAGUGCCUAAGGUUACUUGAACUUGAAUGGAGACUGUAGAUUUAUGGACUGUGCCCAGGGCGGGAUGGGGGGGGGGCCCUGUGGCUGCCCAAGGAGGACUGGGGGAGGUGGAGAGCAGAGGCUCCUGCAGGAAGGAGGGGCUUUCCUCAUCUGGGGGUGGGAAGCACACCCCUCCGAGCCCUGCUGCUUGCUCCUGAGGCGGUCCAGCUGCUCACAGCCGCGUGCCUGCCCGAGCUGGGCGCUUCCCCGCUGCGCUCCCGCCCUUCAGCACACGCAGCUUUCCUUUUCCUUUUCCCUGGCCUCUGUCCCACUCAGGCGUCCCUGCUCCCGAGCCAGACCGCCUCAUCGAAGACGGGAGGUCCUGAUCACAGCCCGUGUCCCUCACAGUACUCCUUGAGCUCCAACUUUCUAGAAAGCUCCCUUUUCUUUGAAAUCUGCAUGUUUAAUUGAACUUUGUGAUUUUAUUUUUGGUUCUAAGAAAAAGUUUAAGACAAAUGAAAAUGGGUAACAGCAAGUGAAGACAUAUUUUAGCACUGAAUAGAAUAUUUUUAAAAUUAAAAUAUUUGAAAUAUG